AUGGCAACUAUAUCAAAAGAAAGUCUAGCACAAUUUUGGUUAAAUACAUUUCCAAUAUCAUAUAAUUAUGAAUAUAUAUCAUUUUCGGAUAGGACAAUUGUUCAAAAUCUUUUAGAAUUUAUUUCGAAUAACGAUGAAGAAAAGAAAAUUUUCGAUAUUAUUAAACGUGAUAUUCAAGAAAUACGAUCUAAAAAUAUUAUUAAAACAAUAAUACCUAGAAAAAUUUCUCCUAAACGUCAACGAUCAACAAAAAAUACUCUAAUAAAUAAUAUUGAUCCAAAUCGUUUACGAUUUACUGUUCAUAUUGAUGUUAUAGAAAAUUUAGAUUAUGAUGAAGAUAUUUCAACAACAAAUGAUACAAAAAUAGAAGGUACGAAUUAA